CGAAAGGGGGCUUCUGGCCCUGAGGACGAGGCGGCGGUGUCCCUCGAACUUCAUUUCAAGGAAACCGGUGGGUGAGAAGAGCGAGCGAGCGCGAGCUAUGGACCCUGUGAGUCAGCUGGCCUCAGCAGGCACCUUCCGGGCGCUGAAGGAGCCCCUUGCCUUCCUGCGAGCCCUGGAAUUGCUUUUUGCAAUCUUUGCAUUUGCAACAUGCGGUGGCUAUUCUGGAGGCCUGCGGCUGAGUGUGGACUGUGUCAACAAGACGGAAAGUAACCUCAGCAUUGACAUAGCGUUCGCCUACCCAUUCAGGUUGCACCAGGUGACGUUUGAGGUGCCCACCUGCGAGGGGAAGGAGCGGCAGAAGCUGGCACUGAUUGGUGACUCCUCAUCUUCAGCAGAGUUCUUCGUCACCGUCGCUGUCUUUGCCUUCCUCUAUUCCUUGGCCGCCACAGUCGUUUACAUUUUCUUCCAGAACAAGUAUCGGGAAAACAACCGGGGUCCACUCAUUGACUUCAUCAUCACUGUAGUCUUUUCGUUCUUGUGGUUGGUGGGUUCAUCAGCUUGGGCAAAAGGACUGUCUGAUGUCAAGGUCGCAACGGAUCCCAAGGAAGUGUUGUUACUGAUGUCAGCUUGCAAACAGCCGGCCAACAAAUGCACGGCGGUCCACAGCCCUGUAAUGUCCAGCUUGAACACUUCUGUGGUUUUUGGAUUCUUGAACUUUAUCCUCUGGGCUGGAAACAUCUGGUUUGUUUUCAAGGAGACCGGCUGGCAUUCCUCAGGACAGAGGUACCUUUCAGACUCAAUGGAGAAGCACUCAAGCAGCUAUAACCAAGGCGGGUACAACCAAGAGAGCUAUGGGUCAAGUGGUGGGUACAACCAGCAGGCGAGUUUGGGGCCGUCUUCAGAUGAGUUUGGCCAACAGCCCAGUGGCCCUGCUUCCUUUACCAAUCAGAUUUAACAGGGUAGUAUUUGCAUUCUUCUGGAGAUAGCCUCACCACCUUACAUUUCAGUGGUGGAAGAAUUUUUUAAGAGUUUCAGUCAAUUAUUAAUGCAGAGAGGGUUGAAUGUAAAUCAGACAUCUGUAGUCCUCAUUAAGGCAGAAAAGCCCGGGUUGUGAUAAAUGAUACUUAGAGAUGAGAUGACUUGAGGAGAUAUAUUAUUCAUCAUAGAUGGCUAAUUGGAGAGUACCUUGUUAUAUACACAGAUACUUUUAUGGUCAUUUUGUAUGUAUGUUAAGAUAGUAGAAGCAUUUUGUAGCUUAAAGUCUCUAGUAUGUAUAUGCGUAAAGUAAAUUAAAUCGCAUUGAGUUUUCCUAUGCGUUUUAAUGCAAAAGACGAUUAAAUGAUUUCUAUAAGACAAUUUGGUGUAUCACAACGUGCAUGUAUUAUUAUUUUUUAGUUGCAGACCCUAUAGGAUUGUGAGUCUCCAACUAUUUGUUUCAGACAAUUACUCUAGUAUUUUUUAAUUUGGUGAAUCAAUGUUCAUAUGACUUAGUGCAUGAAUAAGCAUUUUCUUACAAAAUGAACAUUUGAACUGUACUUAUGAAAAUUUUCCAGUUUGCACCAUAUAGAUUGUUAAAUGGACGUUUAAAGAAAUAUAUUUACAACUUUGUAUACUUGCAAAUUUGUGUCUCUGGCUUUACCCAAUUCUGAAUGCAUUGUACCUAAGAUUUGGGCUUUAUUUUCCCCUAUUAGUAGAUAUUCAGUGUUACAUAUGGUAAUUGCCCAAUAUUUAUUCUAUUUAUUUAGCUAAAUAUUUACUUCUUGUAAUUUCCUAUGGUGUUUUGUGGUGUUAUCCAAUGGACCAUGAACAAUGGGCCCAAUAACUGUUUGUGUUUAUGGAGUGUUGUUUUCUUAGAAUAAUGGAGAUGCAGAUAUCAGACACCAUAGUUAAGAAGCUAUUUGCUGACAUAUUAAUUUAUAAAGGAUAUUCUGUAGAACCUACACUACCAGCUAAACUUUUAAAUCCUGUUUAUUUGUAAAGUUAAUAUAUUCCUUGAUCCAAUUAUUAAGAAUUCUCAAGUCUCAGUUCAACUUACUAAUUACUAAUUUUGAUUUGAAUGUUACACGUAAAUUAAAAAUGACUUCCAUGAGCCACUCUAUAUUCCAAAGAGGAUUCUCAUGAAAUAUUCCCCAGAAUGUAUUCUUUAUCAAGAAAAUGCCAAUCUUUGCCUCUUUGUUUUAACUCAGUUGAAACACCAGAGCCCAACAGUGAGGGCAAGCUGAGCAUCUGUAUUUCCAGAUAAAGUUGUUAUUGAUGUAUAAACUCAUUUUGUGAUCUGUGAUGUUGGAAGCAUUUUAGCACAAAACAGCCUUGUGACUUAGAUGAUAUGUGUAGCCAGUUUCUGGAUCCUGUUGGAUAAAUCUGUAUUGUGAUAUCUAUUUGACCUUAAUAAAGUUAU